GGACUUUCCCAGGUUACCGGCUACAAGAUAUUUAUGCAACCGGUUAAGGAGAAGGACUUUCCCAACUACUACUCUGAGAUUGAGAACCCAAUGGAUCUGUCCCAGAUUCGCAUGAAAAUUAACACCAAUGAGUACUCGACGCGUGAGGAGUUUCUCACGGACAUCCGACUGAUUCACGACAACUCGCGAAAAUUCAAUGGACCGCAUAGCGCAUACACGGAAACGGCAAAGAAAAUGUGCUCCUAUGUGAUGGAGGAAUUUUGUCACAAGGAGGCCAAGCUAAUGCGUCUAGAGUCGUUGGUCAACCCCUUGCUAGAUGAGGACGACCUCGUCAGCCUCAACUUCCUCCUACAAAAAGCUGUUGAGGCGAUGAGGGGAGUGGAGAACAGUCGCGCGUUUCAUUUUCCCGUGGAUAAACGUCGCUACCCUGACUACUACAAGACAAUUCCUCACCCGAUGGACUUAUCGACACUGGAGCGGCUGGUAAAGGAGCAUCGGUACCACAGUCGGGAGGAGUUCUUUGCUGACGCCGAUCUGUUGCUGCAAAACUGCAUAAAAUACAAUGGGCAGGAAAGUGUACUGACCAAGAUUGCGACAAAGAUGCUGAGCACAGCUCACACUCAGCUGGAGGCAGAUGCUGAAACUCUGGAGACUAUCGAGGAAAACAUCAGACACAAUGGGGUUUGGUACGGCGCCGACCUCUACAGCGACGAUGAAGACAGCUUACACACAUCAAAGCAACGGUUAGGUGGUAAGCGCAGAGGUUCGCCGAAUGAGACAGAAGAGGACGAGAUAGAAAUCGGCGAGGAGGCCAUUUCUCACAGGUUCUCCGGGUCAGUGUCUAAGCGCCGACGGACCAGCGAGGAGGGCAUGUACCUCAACGCUGCGGGUGACCUUACGCCUGAGGCAGCGUCCCCUAUCAAUGAUUUCUUGGACGAAGAUAUCCUAUCACAAGAUGAAUCUCAACUUUCACGAAACCAUGAGACCGCACGUUCACCCUAUAGUAGUCGGGUUGACUCUCGAAUCUCAUUAAAUGACAUGGAGUACUCUAGCCAAGCCUUCAUGGAUGAACGAUCACGGCUCUCCGCAACUGAAGCUCCUGCCGAUUCUAUACCCUUCGGUGGAAGAGAACUCUCCGACACUCUGGUAGCGCAGGACCUUCAGUUGACCGACUCUGAAUGCAGUACUAGUCUGUCCGAACAGGGUGGUGAACUCUGUGCAGACGCUGACUUCGACGUCCAAACCGGUGCCGGAGGUAGCCGCUCCGCCUUCACGCCUCAACUCGAUAAUGAACAGGCAAAUGACGGUUUUGGGUCACCAGAUUACAACUAUCCUCGCCCACAGUCUCGGGUCGAAUUCUUCAUAGGAAGUGAUGAGGAGGACUCGCGUUCGCAGCCGACCUGA